AUGUCGGAGAAUUUAAAAAGAGCUGAAUCAUUAUUCAAUAGAAUUAUGAAUCAAAAUUCAUCAACUUCUUCAUCGUCAUCCAAUUCAAAUUCAAAUACGAUUAAUUCAUCAACUGAUUCCUUAAAUGGUAAAUCACAUCAUCAAUCCAAUAAAUCAUAUAAUAAUAAUAAAUCUUAUAAAUCUAACAACCACAAUCACCAUCAUCACAAUAAUAACAACAACAACAACUCUAAUAAUAAUAACUAUUCAUCAGCUUCAAUAUCAACUUCUUCAUCAGUUAAUACCAUCACUAAUCAACCAUCAGUCAUUCCAGAAUCUUCUAUCAUCUUACCUAAGCGAGAUCCUGUCAAAUUAAGUCAAGAAAUCAUUGAAGCCAUUCCUCAAGAUCAUCAUAUCUUGGAUUAUUGUUGGACCAUAUGGCAUCAUUCUAGAAAUAAGUUAAAAGCUCAACAACAGCAAAAGGACACCAAUGAAGAUGGAUCCACUAAUGGGAUUGUCGGUGGUGCUACUGUUGAUUCUUAUUUACAAACCACCAAUGAAAUCAAAUUCGUAAAUGCCAACAAUAACAACGAAGUUGGUGAUCAAGAUGAAGAUGAUAAAAUCACUACUUCUAUUGGUAGUUUAGAACAAUUAUGGAUUAGUUUAUCAUCAAUUAAGAAAAGUUAUGAAUUACCUAUUGGAACUGAAUUAUUAAUUUUUAAAGCUGGGAUUAAUCCAGUUUGGGAAGAUCCAAUUAAUACUAAAGGUGGUAGAUGGAUUUUUAGAUUUAUUCGUCGUCCAACUAAUAAUGAUGAUCAAGAUAAUAUAAAUAAUAUUCGUAAACGUACCAGUUUAAUCUGGGAACGAUUAUUAUUAAAGACUUUAACUGGGUCCAUUAUUCCAACUAGUUCUAAUGGUGGGAUUUCUGAUGAAAUUCAAGAAUUAUUAUUAAAUGAUAUAAGUGGAUUAGUCUUAAGUGUUAGAAAAGAUGAAGAUAUUAUAAGUAUUUGGAAUUCAAAUUUAAAUUUUAAUGGAUCAAAUAAGGGUAAGAAAGAUGAUACUACUACUUCAAUUAAAGAUUCUAAAAAAUUAACUUCAUUCCAAGCUAGAAGAAUUAUUUGUGAUUCAAUUUUAAGAAUCAUUAGAGAAUGUGAUUUAAUUAAACAAGGAUCAAAUUCAAUUCAUACUUUGGAUUCAGGUUCAAAUGAAAGAGUUUAUGGUGUAUCAUUUGAAUAUAGAUUACAUGGAGAUAUUAAUGGUGAAAAUAGUGAAGGUAAUGAUAAAUCAUCUUCUACUAAUUCAAAUAAUGGUAAUGGGAAAUAUAAUGGUAAUAAUAAUGGAGGUCAUUAUCAUGGUCAUGGUCAUGGUAAUCAUGGUCAUUCAUCUUAUAGAAGAUAUAAUAGAUCAAACAACAAUAAUAAUAGUAAUAAUAAUAAUAAUAAUAAUAAUAAUAACCAUAAUAGGGAAAACAACAAUAAUCAAACUAAUGCCGUUCCAACCACAAGUGAUUAG